CCUUGAUCUUGCGGCCAGCAUCAUGAAGUUGACCAAAAACCCCCAGGAAUUUGUGGACGAGUCUCUACUGUUACUAAAUGCUCGGCAUUCGACUACUAUAAUUACGACUUCAUACCAUGCUGCUCCUACUGGAAAAGGCAAGCUUACUCUCAAAACUUAUGAUCCUGUCUCCGGCGCUCUUGUGAAGUUUCGGACCUCUAAGAUCGCAGUCGUGGGUCGGUUGGUCGCUGGAUUGAAUAGGCUUGGAAGACAGCAGGCUGGGGUUUCAGAGCCUACGGUUACAGAAACUCGAGUGGCAGAAGCUCCCUCUGCGCCUAGUACCUACGCACCAAUUCCUAGACAGGCAGUGACUUCAAAGUCAAAGAAGAAGAAGAAGAAGGGAAAGUCAUAACGGCACCAUAUGUUUAGUGUGGAGGGAUAUACCUAGCAGAGUGUAACAUACCGGUAUUGUCGUCGAGGCCGACGGCUCGGAGGUCUUUUACCGUAAAAAAUUAAAUAAAUGAACCGUG